CACCGUCCUUGGCUUCCCAAAGUGCUGGGAUUACAGGUGUGAGCCACCAUGCUUGACUCUAGAAAAAUGUUUUUGAACACUUUAUCAAAUUUAGCAAAUUUGUCGACACUUAACAAUUUUAGGGAAGAUUUUUAAAAAAAUUAAUUCCAAGUGAACUUCUCCUGCCAGAAUGAGUAAACCUUGUUGACAUUUUAAAGUUAAUAUUUUUUGUUAAUAUCUAUGAGUAUUUUAAAUAAUUUAGCCAUAAUUAAAAUAUUAUUUAUUAGUGUUUAAUACUAUAUAAUAGGUCCUUUAAUAGGUACUAUUUACAUAAACUACAUGAGUUUAUAUGCUUCUCAGCUAUUACUCUAACAGACUUCAUUAGGUUUAAAAAAGGCUGAGUCACAGUAUCUUACCCUUUAAUAACGAUUGCAACUUUUGGGAAACAUAACAAUUUAUACCAUCGCAGUAAUUGGUAUUAAAAAUUUUUUUAAUCAAAAGCAAAUUCAAAUACUGAGUACACUUUUUAAAGCUAUAUCAUCAUCUCCCCAUUCUUAUUAUUCCAAUGUCACUGGAUUUGAGAUUCACAUUUAGAUAUGUACAUAAUUGAAACAUUCAUAUUAGCUUCGGGUCCAGCAUUUCUCCUGCCUCAGCCUCCGAGUAGCUGAGAUUACAGGCACCCGCCACCACAGCUGGCUAAUUUUUGUAUUUUUAGUAGAGACAGGGUUUCACCAUGUUGGCCAUGCUGGUCGUGAACUCCUGACCUCAGGUGAUCCACCCACCUCGGCCUCCCAAAGUGCUGCAGUUACAGGCAUGAGCCGCCACGCCUGGCCCACAUUAGCUUUUAAAGGGAAUAUUUUUAUGUUUGUACGAAAACACAGCUCCUCUAUUUAACCAACUUCUUUUAGUACUACUGAUAGCUAGUAUAUUAAGUUUGAUGGGCUAAUUAUAAUCUUUUUUUAUAUUCCUAGUAUGCUAGAUUCUACGGAUGCCAGAUUUCACAUUUAUCCUUCCCUUAAUUCACAAUUCUAAAGUUCCAUUUACUAAUAAUUUAUAAUUUUAUUUGACUCUUACAUGAAGCAAUUGGAUAGAGAGUUUUGGAAGGGCAGUAUGUGGGACCUGUUCACAUGGUCCAUCAGUUUAGCAGCCCCAUGUCAGUGUGGCUUUGUUUUUGCAAUUUGACUUUGAGUUUGUGGUAACUCCUGUGGUGGAAAUCAUUGCUUCACUUUCUGAGCAACAGUGUAUGUUAUAGCUGCAUAGCGAGUUUCAGGAUUUUCAGGGUAUGGGGAUGUAUCCACCAUUAAUGUUAAAGAUCUACCUCUUCAGACACAUUAGUAUACUCUUCUAUUUAAAAAUCCUUUAUAAAAGUGGUAUUAUAUGGCUAUCAUGGUAUUCUUUCAUGUUCAGUUAGUAUUUUGAAAUUUUUGCUGAUGUUCAAUUAAUAAAAUUAAUGGCCCCUAA